CAUUCUAUUGCCCGCUCAUAUCUCCACGCGAUUUUCUUAUUCUAAUGAUUAAAUAUAUUCGCCCUUUUAUUCUUAAUGCUCGACAUUAUUUAUUAAUCUACCAACGUGCGUUCACAAGCAUUGAUAUUUCGGUUUCGGUUCUUUAUUCACUUAUUUCGGCGACCGCAUAUUUCGCGCCACUGUAAAUCGUUACGUUUACGGUCAGUUUUCACUGUAUUUGUUGUGCGCGAUCGCGGUAUAACGUAUAACACGUUAUAAAAGACAAUCGAUUUAUAACGUUCGAUUAAACGAAUGUUAAAAUAUAAAUAUAUAAUUAUUUGUGUACAAUCCUUUUAUAUUCAUUGCAACGCAGUUUUUCAAUAUUCGAAAAGCUUUCCCAGUGGAAAUUAAGUGAAAGAUGAAAUAACCUUUAUGAGAGAAAAAAAUAUUGUUUACGAAUUUGAAAUAAUACUAUGAAAAUAAGACAGGAGUUCUUAUAAUGCAUGUUGAUUUAUAGCAAGAAUCUCUCAGAUAAUUGUGUAUAUAAUGGAACUUCUAAAUGAUCGACAAGUGGAUAAUACUUCCUUCUCGUUAGAUACGAAUUGUUUACAAAUCUCGUGCAACUGGCAAAUUACUAAUAACAAACAGUUCCGUGAUGCUUUGACUUUGGAAGCUUCGCCUAAAGAGUUUUUGAAAACUGAAUACGAGGAUGUUGUUUCUCUGGAAACGUGCAUAUCUGUGCAAUCAUCUGAUUCAAAUAGCGAACCGUGUAUGAUAGAUAUAAAAUUAACUAAUGGCCAAAAAAUCACACAGAUUGCCGUUGUUUCCGAAGCUUAUGUAUUAGAAUUCUUCAAGCAAUUUGGAGAAUAUGACACGACAAAGUUUGCAGAACUGAUAGAUAAGUUUGAAGAUACUUCGGUCUACUUUGUGGAAACAACAAUUCUUCCAUAUACCUCCGAAGCUAGUAUUAAGUUCGUGAAAACGAAAAAUGAAAAUUCAGUUAUGUGGAUAUAUGGUAUAAGACUGUAUUUAACAGAGCCCAGCACUGAAUGCAAUAACGUCUCUCCGAUACAAUUUAAUCCUGAGAUAAUACAAAAUUUCCUAACUAAACUUAAUUUUAAUGACAAAGGGAACAAUGCCACAAAUAAUAUUCAGUCAUGUUAUAUGAAUAUUUUGAACUCAUCUAGAAAUAGAACCAAUGAAAAAGAAAUAGCGCAAUCUGCGGAUGAGAAGGAAUCGAAUAAUACAGAUAUAAUUACGUAUAUCGAUAAGAAGUGUCAAGAAAUGGAAACAAGACUAAUGAAGAGAAUCGAUGAAAUGGAGCAAAGAACCAAUGCAAAACUUGAUAGUAUUUUGAAUAAAUUACAAACACUGCAAUAGUAUCAAGUGACCUUCCACUUUACAGACUUCACGAUACAAAUAUACUUGUAUGUAUAUAAUGACAAUACGUAUUUAAUUUCUCUAUGUAUUAAAUCUAUACGCAUAAAAUAAACGAUUUUCGAAAUGGCAUCC